CUUUUCCUUAAAUACCGCCAUUUCGUUAGGGUAUAUAUUAACGAUAUCAUUAUCUUUAGCAAAAUAGAGGAAGAAUACCUAGAAUAUCUAUAUACCGUUUACGAAAUCUCUAAUAAGGCCUAUAUUUAUAUUAGUAUAGCUAAAUCCUUUAUAGGUUACCUAGCUAUAAGACUCCUUAGGUACGUUAUAAAUAGUAAAGGUAUUACUAAAACCGACAACCGUAUUACUGCCUUUAAGAAGCUAAAGUUUCUAAAUACUCUCGAUAGCUUAGAGCAUUACCUUAGAAUGGCUAGAUAG